UCUGUCAGUUGUCCUUGGGUGAAGGUACACUCACGUACCCUUGCAUUAUUUACUACUAUCAUGCUAAGUUCACUUCGGAAAGAAACUCUGGCAUGUUGUAUGUGGAGUGUUCUGGUUGUGUGUACACAGAUGAUGUACGUGCACUCGCUGUUCAUCCUCCCGGGUCACCUAAAUGAAAUAUUUCAAGCCAUUCGUGUAAGGACUGUCCCAAAUCACUGCUUCGUUAGUUUAUCACUGUGCAAGUUGGACUGUGAAGAGUGUGGCACCUGCUAUGAAAAGUACAUAAAAUGUGCAUUUCGUGGAGGCUUGGCACCUACCGUAUUUACAACCUCCUAUACUUCAGUCAUACAGCAGACUUCUGAAGCUACCCUUGCGUCUUCCCCCAGUAGCCAAACUGAUCUGAUGCACAGUACCAUGAAGUCUAAAUCUUCUGAUGCCAUUCCUCUGGGACAACUUCCAUCUUCUGGAGCGCAAGACAAUGCCAUUCAUUUACACACUGGUAAAACACUAUUAGAGAAUUAUACGCUAGAGGUUUCAACCAUUCACAAAAUGCCGGACACUUCUCUUGAUGUGUUUAUGGCAACCAGUUCAUUAGUUCUUGACGGGCCUCUUCUAGUACCAGCCAGCACUCUUGGUCCUGCAGUUAAUUUACUGUUGCCAACUAGCUCUAUUGCUCCGGAAGAUUCAUUACUGUUGGUGGCUAGUACAAACUCUCCUGAAGAGACCUUACUCGUGUUGUCUAGUACCAAUGCUCCUGAAUUUUUACCGGUGCCAGCCAGUUCACUUUCUUCUGAUCCUCUUCUGGUACCAGCCAGUUCGUUUGUUUCUGAAACUCCCUGGUUUAUGCCGGCCAGUCCGUUUGGCCCUGAAGAAUCACUUGUGCUUACUAGCUCGUUGGGCCCUGAAGAACCUUCCUUAAUGCCAGCUAGUUCAUCUGAAAACCCUUCGUUAGCGAUUUCCAGUUCAUAUGUUCCUGAAGAAUCGUCAUUCAUACCUGUCAGUUCAUUUCGCCCAAGAGCACCGUUAGCGAUGUCGCCCAGUUCAUUAGCUUCUAGCGAGCUCCUAGAGAUGCCAACCAACUCAGCUGUUCCGUCGCCCAGUUCAGUAGCUUCUAACAGGCUCCUAGAGAUGCCAGCCAGCUCUGCUGCACCGCCUGUGCCAGUCAAUCCUUUGGGUCCUGCCUUGCAUACACUUGUGCCCAUCAGCUUUGAGGAAAGCGAAGGAGAUUCUGAUUACGAAUAUUUUUAAAAAUUGUUUUGACUAAAUUUUUAAUUUUUUUUUUUUUUUUACCUUUUGGCCCCCUGAGUAUGGUGGGAGGGUAAUAGCUUAAUACUAAAUGUUUCUGUAAUUUAACAUUACUUCCUCCCCAAUUUUAUUACUUUGGGGACCUACUAUGAGUAGACGGAAUAAAAUAUAUGAUCGUCUAUUUAU